UCUGAGACGGCUACUUUGCAUAAAACUGUGAGGAACGUCUUGAUGGAUUGACCCUUUGGGACAGUGGAUUGUACAGAAAGAAAAAUGCGCACAGCCUGGAUUACCACAGGAUGAAGAGUUUUGGGAAUCUUGUUUUUUAACGUUUGGUGAAAUUUUACUGAACCACGGGCUACAAUGGAGAAUCUUACUAUGUCUAACCUAAGUGUGGAUAGUAACACAACAGUGCCGGGUAACCAGACUUUGGGCGUUUGGACGGACUACACAACUGCAUACAAAGUGGCCAGCGUCUUUUUAGUGUCUCUUAUCUGUGGGGUUGGGAUAGUUGGUAAUAUCAUGGUCAUAUUGGUAGUCUUGACCACCAAACACAUGCGGACUCCCACAAACUGUUACCUGGUGAGCUUGGCCGUGGCUGACCUGAUGGUGCUGACUGCGGCUGGACUGCCCAACAUCACGGAUGCGCUUUAUGGCGAGUGGGUUUACGGUUACGCAGGCUGUUUGGGCAUCACUUAUUUCCAGUAUUUAGGGAUAAACGCAUCAUCCUGCUCCAUCACCGCCUUCACCAUAGAGCGCUAUAUUGCCAUUUGUCACCCAAUAAAAGCCCAAUUCUUGUGCACUUUGUCCAGAGCCAAAAAGAUUAUAAUGGUGGUUUGGGUGCUCACAUCUGCCUACUGCGUAGUGUGGCUUUUCUUGUCAGACACAACAAAGUUGGUUUAUGACAACGUGGUGCUGCUGAAUUGCGCUUAUAAAGUGUCUAGGAAUUACUACCUACCCAUUUACUUCACGGAUUACGCGGUGUUUUACGUGCUGCCGCUCAUGUUGGCCACGGUUAUGUAUGGACUCAUCGGCAGGAUAUUGUACCUCAACCCACUGCCCUCGGACCCGAAAGGCAACACCCAGAAGUGGAAGAAGGAGACCACCAGUCAAGGCGCACGAAUGAUCAGCACCAACUCCUCCAGCUCCACCACAGCCGCUUCACGCAGACAGGUAACAAAGAUGCUUGCCGUGGUGGUCAUCCUUUUUGCCUUGCUCUGGAUGCCCUACCGGACCUUGGUGGUGGUCAACUCCUUCCUGGACGAUGCCUACCUGGACACGUGGUUCCUGCUCUUCUGUCGCCUCUGCAUUUACCUCAACAGUGCCAUUAACCCGGUCAUCUACAAUGCCAUGUCCCAGAAGUUUCGCUCCGCUUUUCAGAAGUUGUGCCACUGUGGAUCUCAAAGAGCGGAGAAGCCGGCUACUUACAGUUUAGCCCUGACCUACAGUGUUAUAAAAGAGACAUCCAAUGGAGAAAGCCCUGAUCACUUCACCACAGAUAUGGACGAAAUGCGCACACCUAUGGAUCAUUACACAUCCACCAAGAAAGUGCCAUAUGGUGAAGCUGGUUUACCGGGGAGUCAAGUGAAGGCCUGAAUGAAACAGACUGAGAUAUAGAAUAAACACUAAAAUCUAUUGACUUUAGUGGUGGACAGAUAGCAUUAUAUAUAUGGAAAAUGCAUUUAUAUGGGGAAUAUUACUCUCAAAUCAUGCAGUGAACAAGUUAUAGAUGGAUAAUUACUGAUAACAUGUUUGAAAACUAGAUGUAAAUGCCAAAUAAGAAGAAUAUUUACGAUCUGGUUGUCUCUAAAUCUUGAGUUGAGGGUGACUUAGGACAUAAAAAGGGGCAUCUUGCAGUUAGUUGAACCAAAACUAGCUUUAUUGUUCAUAUAGAUAGAUCCCAUAUUUGCCUGAACCACACUGAGGGUCACUCAAAAGGGAACGUAUAUAGUUUAUUUUUUAAACUUUAACCUUUCAACAUUUAGCUCAUCAGAUCUGGUUAUUUCUUUAAGUUCAAAGGCAAAUUAAUCUCAAAGCAGAGGACAUUAGUAAGGCCACUGAGCGUAGUAAUCUGAUAUAACGCAGAGCUACCUUUGCUGCAACUAAAUUACAUCUUAAAGAAUUGCAUGAGAGACCACAGACUCUUCCUUCCUUCGCAUGAUGAAUAGUGUUAUUGCAUUCUCUCCUACAUCCUCUCCCAUUGUUUAGCAAAAUGUGACAUUUAACAUGCAAGUGCCAUUCUGGCCUUUUACACAGACUAAAAUCAAUCCUUUUGUUAUGUGAAGAAGCCAUGAAAUCCAGAUAGAAAAAAACAAUACAGCACCGUGACGUGUUAAUCUCACCACUGGAGAGGCAAUGGAGUUCGGAUAUAUGACCUUUUAAAACAGGGCUUGAUACAUAAAAAGCCUAAUAUUAUAGAAAUAAAACCCAUCACUUAGCAUGGUAAAAUAAACCGACAUGUGCUCAGCAGGGGACUUCAAUCUUAAAAGUCAAACACAAGUCAAAAGCUGCGUGAUGCUUUGGUCAUGUGGGGAUCUCCAGGGGGCACUGUGAAGGUCAUUGGGAUCUAUGUAAUGAGUUAAAGAAUUGUGUGUGCCAUAUAAGGGCAGAGAGGCUGUUUGUGGAAGGGUCAGUGGCGUGUUGUGGCAGUUAUUCUCUGGCGUAGGCUGAGGUGACAGACUGUGGGGCCCUACUGUUGAUUUAUCAACCAAGGAGCAUGAACUGAUAAUGUAAAUAUAAGGCCACAGUGCUGUACUCCAGGGUGUCCCAGUGCAAUUUAUGUAUAUAGCUCACCUUGCUAUUAAAAAAAGAAAUUACUCCAAUGUAUAUGUGGUUUAAAUUGAACAGCACUAAAAGGACAGACAGGCUUUCAGUGAAAAAGGACCUGCUUCAGACCGAAAAGCUAUCUAGUG